AUGGGCCGCAUAGAAGAGCUUCCAGAUGAUUUUGAUGAAUCCCUAGACCUCAACAAGGAGCCCAUAUUCACCCCGCCAGCAGCGAAAGAACCGUCCUUCCUACCGUCUGGCGAAACUCCCUUUGGGAUAAAGCAAGAUGCCCUGCCUAGGGAGAAGUCCACUACUCCGGCUAUGCCGCCGGCCAUGGAGUCGGUCAAGUCUCACACCGCAGACGAGAUCAUAGCGCUUAUGAACCAGACCCCGCUAUUCAUGACGGAUGUUGAUAAAGCACUGCAAGCUGAAGGCGAAAACGUACAGCUAGACGCAAUCCGCGCCCUCCAGAACGAAGGCACACGAGCAGACAAUGCACAGCGGUUCCGCGAAAAUGGUAACGAAUUUGCAAAGACGAAGCAGUGGAAGGACGCAAAGGAGUGCUAUACCAAGGGAAUAUCGACCUUGACCAUGGACAAUAACUGGGAGGAACCCGAGGAUCCCAAGGUUGAGGCACAACGGUUACGGGAGGUCGAAGAAGCUGAGCAGAUUGAGGCUGAUAUUGGGGUAGAAAAUUACAGAUCUACCACCCUCGACUGUGCAGCGACGUUAAAGCUCAACCCAAAGAAUGUCAAGGCAUUCUACCGCUCGGCUGCUGCCCUACUCGCGCUUGAUAAGGUUGUCGAGGCGGACGAUGCGUGCAUGAGAGGUCUUCAUCUUGACAAGUCGAACCAGCCUCUACAAACGCUGUCAAAGAAGAUAGCGACGCGGAGGGCGGAGCUCGAUAAGAUCGCUGCCCGUAAGCGAGCGGAGGAAGAACAUGCACAGAAAGUACGGCUCACUCUCAGCACCGCUCUGAGGGCUCGUGAGAUUACCGUGCGAGAAACGGCGCAACCACCCGAUAUGGAAGACGCGGUUAUGAAACUCUCUCCUGACCCGCUGUCGGCUGAAAGCACGAUCGUAUUUCCCUGCGUUUUACUUUACCCGAUGCACGCACAGUCCGAUUUUAUCAAGGAGUUUGCUGAAACAGACACCAUCGCCCAUCACCUCAAGUAUAUCCUCCCAUUACCCUGGGACACAAAGGGAGAAUAUACUAUUGGGUCUGUCGAUUGCUACAUAGAGACAGCUAAUGGUGGGAUGAUCAAACCUGGGAAGAAGGUUUCGUUGCUCGCGAUCCUGAGCGGCGGGAAAGUCGAGAUUGUUGACGGUCUGGUGAGGAUCAACGUCGUACCAACAAAGAUGGCAGGCAAGUGGAUUGCGGAAAUGAAGGCAAGGAAAAAUGCAUGA